AUGGCGGCCACGGAGGGCGAGAAGAAGAUUACGCUCAAGAGCUCGGAGGGCGAGGAGUUCGAGGUCGACAAGGCGGUCGCCAUGGAGUCCCAGACUAUCCGCCACAUGAUCGAGGACGAGUGCGCUGACAACGCCAUCCCGCUCCCCAACGUCAACUCGAAGACCCUCUCCAUGGUCAUUGAGUACUGCAAGAAGCAUAUCCAAGCCAGCCCCAAGCCGGCCGACUCCGGCGCAGCCGCCGACGCCAGCUCCUCCGCUUCUGCGGCAGCCGCGGCGCCAGCCCCCACCGAGGACAUGAAGAGCUGGGACGCUGAGUUCAUCAAGGUCGACCAGGCCAUCCUCUUCGACCUCAUCCUGGCUGCAAAUUACCUUGACAUCAAGGGAUUGCUGGACCUUACUUGCCAGACUAUUGCCGACAUGAUCAAGGGCAAGACUCCCGAGGAGAUCCGCAAGACCUUCAACAUCAAGAAUGACUUUACACCGGAGGAGGAGGCCGAGAUCCGCAGGGAGAAUCAGUGGGCUUUUGAGUAG